AAUUAAAUAAAAGAAGUGACAAAUGUAAGCCUGUAGUAACUAUAACAAGUGUAGAACUUUGAUUCGCAGAUUAAACGUUUUCCCAGAUUAACUCCGUCACUGCGGCGCGUCCUCGGGGCUUUUAUUGUGGGCGCGGCGGCCGGAAGUGCGGCUUGGCGCGGCGCUGUGUUUGGCUUGACGGAGCUGCUCCUCCACUCCAGGCAGCAAACAUGGACGGUACAUGUGAGAGACUGAGCGGAACAUGAGCCCUGCAGCUCGCUGUCCGACGAACCAGCACCAACAACGAGUGGCGGGCAGACAGGCGGCAUGACAGAGGAGAAAUGUCCCCAGCUGGUGGACUACUUCGUGGUGGCGGGUCUGGACCCCGCGGGGCCCUGGAGGCCCCUGGACGACGACGGCAAGACCUCCUCGUCCUCCUCGUCCUCGUCCUCGUCCUCCUCGUGCUCGCCGGGCCGGGCGGUGGAGCCGGUGACCGACCUGGCGGUGAUCGCCCGCGGCCUCGGGGAGGAAGUGCCCGAGGGCUUCACCUGCAUCGAGAGGACGCCGGGGGGCCACCCGGCCGAGCUGAGCGCCGGCCUCAUCAACAACCCACACCUGUACCUGUGCUACCGCCGGGGACGGGACAAGCCCCCCAUCCUGGACCUGGGGGUUCUGUAUGAAGGGAAGGAGACGCCGAAGCAGGGCUGGUACGUCAUCGAGACGACGCCGUACAGCCGCUCGGCCAGCCUGAGCGCGGGCGGCGGCCCCGCGGCGCACCGGGUCUUCCUGACGUACCGGCGGGCGCUGGACUCGCAGGGCCUGCACACGCUGGGCGUCACCGACAUCGUCCUGCUGCUGCCCAGCAAGGGGGAGACGGCGCCGCACACCUUCUGCCGCGUGGACAAGAACCUCAACACCGGCAUGUGGGGUCCUGCUCUGUACCUGUGCUACAAGCGAGCCGUGGCCAAAGCCAACGCCCUGGUGUUUGAGGCCGGUCUCAUCAGCAGGUAUCCGGAGCAGGACCUGGAGUCGUUCCCUCUGCCAGAGUCGGUGCCGGUCUUCUGCCUCCCGAUGGGCGUCACCGUGGAGAGCUGGCCUCUCAACACCAAGUACCAACUCCCCGUCUUCUCCACCUUCGUCCUCACCUCCGCCUCCGGGGACAAGGUUUACGGCGCCGCCAUCCAGUUCUACGAGUCGUUCCCGCGGGAGCGUCUGUCGGAGCGGCAGAGCGUGCGGCUCGGCCUGCUCAGCGUGGUCGACCGGCGGCCCAUCACCAGCCGCAGCCUGCAGGUCAAGAAGAGCGUGUGCGUGCUCUCCCAGUGGCCCUUCUUCACCGUCUUCCAGAAGUUCCUCACCUUCGUCUACAGAUACUCCAUCUCCGGACCGCACGUCCUGCCGCUGGAGAAGCACAUCUCCAGCUUCAUGCACAACGUCCCGUUCCCCUCGCCACAGCGGCCUCGGAUCCUCGUCCAGCUCUCUCCAUAUGACAACCUGCUGCUCUGCCAGCCGGUCUCCUCUCCGCUGCCGCUCAGCGGGGCGAGCUUCCUGAAGCUGCUGCAGAACCUGGGGCCGGAGAACGCCUGCACGCUGCUGCUGGCCGUCCUGACCGAGCACAAGCUGCUGCUGCACUCGCUGCGGCCCGACGUGCUCACCUCCGUGGGCGAGGCGCUCGUCUCUAUGACCUUCCCCCUGCGUUGGCCCUGUCCCUACAUCCCUCUCUGCCCGCUGCAGAUGGCUGAUGUGCUGCUCGCUCCGAUGCCGUUCAUCGUCGGCGUUCACUCGAGUUACUUCGACCUGCACGACCCGCCGGCCGACGUCGUGUGUGUCGACCUCGACACCAACACCAUCUUCCAAUCAGAGGACAAGAAGCCGUUGUCGUGGCGAUCGUUGCCCAGGAAGCACGCCAAGAUUCUGUUCAACUCUCUCACCAACCUGCACAAAACCCUCGAGAAGAUCUGCACUCCCGGCCAGGAGGAGGCGACGUUGGAGUUCCUGCUGACCGACUACGAUCAGAUCUACGGGCGUCAGAAGCAGCUGGAGCUGGAGAUCCAGGAGGCUUUCCUGCGCUUCAUGAGCUGCCUGCUGCGAGGCUACCGCAGCUUCCUGCUGCCCAUCACGCAGGCGCCGUCCGACACCACCACUGACUGCAGCUCGCUCUUCAACCUGCAGGGCUUCCUGAAGUCUCGGGAACGAACCCACCAGAAGUUCUACAGCCAGCUGACCCGGACUCAGAUGUUCACUCAGUUUAUCGAGGAGUGCUCCUUUGUCAGUGACCGCCACGCCUGCCUCGAGUUCUUCGACGAGUGCGUCCAGAAGGUGGAUGUGGAAAAGCCGGAGGAGGUGCGGCUGAUCGAUCUGGAUGAGAGUCACGGCGGAGAACACACGGUCUUCAUCAUGCCUCCCGAAGAGCCGCAGGAGCCCGACGGGUCAGAGAGCCCCGCCCCUUACAGCUAUGAGACCUUCCCCAUCCUGAGGUUGGAUCUCUUUGACCAGCCCCAGGACCAGCUCCGCCUGCCAGCCAAGGGCAGCGCCCCCAGUAGCCCCGCCCCCCGGCGCACCAAGCAGGAGAUCAAGCUGGCCCAGAAGCGAGCUCAGAAGUACUCGGCGGUGCCGGACAUGUGGUCCAAGUGCCUGCUGGGUCACUGCUACGGCCUCUGGUUCAUCUACCUGCCCACCUUCGUGCGGGCGGAGAGCGCCAAGGUGCGCGCGCUGCACACGGCCUACGACGUCCUCAAACACAUGGAGAACCGCAAGGUGGUGCUGCCCGACGAGGUGUGUUACCGGAUCCUGAUGCAGCUGUGUGGUCAGUACGGUCAGCCCGUCCUCGCUGUGCGCGUCCUGCUGGAGAUGAAGAAGGCUGGAAUCACACCCAACACCAUCACAUACGGAUACUACAACAAGGCGGUGCUGGAGAGCAAGUGGCCCUCCACCAAUCAGGGCUGCCGUCUUCGAUGGGCCAAGCUGCGGAACGUCGUAUUGGCUGUGGCCCAGUUCAGGCAGCCAAUCAAGCGGCGGCAGAAGAGCGGCUCGGUGGGGUCGCGGGCAGACUUCGCGAUAGACCAAAGGCCCCGCCCCCACUCCACUCUGAUUCGUCAGUCCAGCUGGAGCGGGCUGAGUGAAAGCUCCAGCCACGAGUCUCUGACCGGCCCGCUGGUCAAGAGCAACAGCCUGAGCAGCAUGAAGACCUCGGCCGACAAGGUCAAGCUGUCCAGGAAGGCCCUCCUCCGAAACACCGGGACCAACGGCUGCGGUGAUGCCGCCUCACGGAAACCCCCUCUGGGACCCCGAGACUCCUCCACCCCGCCUCCGGCGCCCCCCGCUGGCGGUCUGGUGCGGCGAAGUCAGGUGUGCCUGUCCACCUUCUACAAAGACUGUGCAGAGACGGCCGACUCGGACCUGGACUGCAGCUGCCAGCCGGCGGAGCGGGACGGCAGGCCGGCGGGGUCGCGCGACUCGUCCGGCAGGAACAAGGCCGUGGACGAGAACUACAACAACGUGGCGUCGCCGAGCCGAGGAGGCCUGGCCGGGAAACUGCAGCAGCUCCUCACCCCGACCCGACACCGAGCCUCCGUCCGCCGAGCCGCCAGCGUGGACGACCGACGACCAGGAGGAGGAGGAGGAGGAGGAGGAGGAGGAGGAGGGAGCCGCAGGGUGUCGGAGCAGAGGCAGUCCCGUAAAGCCCAAGUGGCUGAAACGCUGCUGAAAGCCAAGGAGCGGCUGGUCAACGCUACCUCAGAGAGCUCGCUGUCUGUGGGCAGCGACAUCGACUUGACGGACACUCCCAGCCCGGCCUAUCCGCUGCGCCGCUCCUGGGACGCCAGUCAGGAGGGGGCGGGGCUAGAGGUGCUGAUGUCGAGCUGCUCUCUGUGUCGGAGCUGUAACUCGCUGGUUUACGACGAGGAGAUCAUGGCCGGCUGGACGUCCGACGACUCCAACCUGAACUCCUCCUGCCCCUUCUGCUCCGCCUCCUUCGUGCCCUUCCUCAACGCCGAGAUCUGCGACCUCGGGCCCGUCAGCAGUGCCGAGCGCAGCCACUGGAACGUGGAGGACGAGGUGGAGAGCGCGGUGAGGCCCCCUGGUGGCCAAGAGGCCGGCCUGCGAGUCCACUGCAACGGUCUGAGUGAAGACUCCAGCUCUGAGACCAGCGGCUACUCAGAGAGCAGCAGCACCACCGUGGGCUCGUCAGUGGGCGGAGCCCCCCAGGUGGCGGUGGCGUACCUGAGCCCCUUGGUGCUGCGGAAGGAGCUGGAGUCUCUGCUGGAGAACGAGGGCGAGGCAGUGCUGGCUCAGCCCCAGCUGCUCGACAGCCACUCCAUCAUCUUCUGGAACCUGGUCUGGUACUUCCAGCGGCUCGGCCUGCCCAGCAACCUGCUGCAGCUCGUCCGCAGCUCGCCGCUCGCCGGCCAGCUCACGCAGUCGGAGAGCUCGGCGGUGAGGGUGAGGCUCCUGUGGGACACGCUGGCCCCCGACACGGACCAGUGGCCGCCGCUCUACGUCCUCUGGAGGAUCCACAGUGGCGUGCCGAUGCGCAGCUACAGCUGGCGGCGACACAACCACCCGUUCACGCUGUCCUUCCUGGAGGAGGUGCUGCGCUGGGUGGGCAUGAACGAGGUGCACAAGGCCGUCACGCUCUUCCUGGAGACGCUGGCCAAGCAGCCGGGCUCGCCCCGCAUCCAGAGGAGUUUGUACAGAGAGAUGCUCUUCCUCACUCUGGCAGCGAUGGGCAAAGACCACGUGGCUGCGUUCGAUAAGAAGUACAAGGCGGCGUACUCGCGGCUCAGCGGCUCUCUGGGUCGGGAGGAGCUGCGCAGGAAGCGAGUUCAGCCUCCGAGCCCGAAAGCCGUCGACUGCCGCCGCAGCUUCCACCCGCCCCUCGAGUGCUGAUUGGCUCACCGGCGGGAACAGGAAGUGCGACGUCCCUCUCCUCCCCCGCCCGGCGGCCACGGCGCCCUCCGCCAUUUAGGAAGAAGAAGAAGAGGAGAAAACCCGGAUGAGCGCUGCCUUCACCUGCUUGUAUUCUUCACCUCUGUGCUGCCUCCUAGUGGACAUUUGGGGUGUUGCGCUGCCUCCUCUCCCCCGUUUCCUCUCCUCGCCUCGUCGGUGUGAACCCAGCGGCCGUCUGGCUCCCAUUCACCUCCCGAUUUUGACGAUCUAACCGCUCGGAGGGUUUGAGCGCCACCUACUGUUCCCUCGCUUUAGUCGUGCAACACAACAAAAGGGUGUAAUAUAUAGCGAGCCAUAAUCUAUGCAUACGUCAUCAGCCUGUUGGACCUGCGUGCGUGCGCCGCCUCGAGGCGUGGAGGCGGCCGUGUGUUUCCAGGCCGUCACGCUCAGAGCCACGUGAGGCGAUCAGACCUCAGACGUCUCAAAGCUCCUGUCGUCUUCGCUUGCAUGAGGUCGUCUAGACCGGAGGUUCUCAUGUGGGGGUUCCUGAGAUUGUUUUAAAAUGUUAAUUUAAAAAAUAUUAGUCGUGCAUAAUUCCUAAAAGUAAAAAAUGGGCAGUUAAAAAGUCGUGCGACAUCGACUCUGAGUAAAGACUCUGUAGUCUUCAGUCUGUCAGAGUGAACACAGCAGCCCGCUCGCUUUGAUUUGGGAGAGGACAAGGUUGUUUUGGCGAAGGAUGCGGCUGUCAUCCCACGGUGUUUUUUCCAAGGUCCCAAACGCCCAAAACCAAAAGAGAAGGUGAGAUCCCAAACUCGCUCUCUCCAGUCACACGGGACUUUUCCAGAGUUUCCCAGGGUUUAGGGUUUCCUGCCUUACCAAACAGGAGUAGGCCAGCUGGGUAGAACCAACCAGUAGAGUCCCAAGGACCACCGAGGCACGUAAGCCCCCACGCCACGUCAAGGCAGAGUCCAAUGUGGAGUUUAUUUUAUUUUUUUUAAAAAUUUUUUAAAUACACACACACACACACACACACGCUAAUAAAGUCAACUAAUAACUAUCUGAACUAUUACUGGAACUGUGAACAAUGCCCAACUGCAAACUAACUACAAAACUACAAAAAUCCUACAACUAUUUACAACUAUUUACAACUAUUUACAAGUAUUUACAAGUCUGCCAACAAGCGCAGCCUCUUCUUUGCAAAUGCUGCCAUUGUCCUUGCUGGCAAUAAGUGUGACUCGCAGCUCUUCAGGUAGAGGACAUAAGCAGCCUUUUGAGGGACAGUCUUGUCCUGGCUGAUAAAGGACAUCUCCAUGGGAGUCCAGCGAGGGUUGAGGUUGGCUGGGAUGAACCUCAAGAUGCCCGUUCGGACAUUCUGCUGUUCUUCCCCCUCUUCCACAGCCUGAGGAUCUGUCUCCUCCUCACUGUCACUCUCCUUUUCCCGGCGCCUUUUCUUGCUGGGGGUGUCUGGGGUUCCGGGUGCUGGUGCCUGUUUGGGUGGCAACCUGGUGGGGAUUGUGUCGUGCAGCCUCCACAGUUUGAAUGGGGUCCCCUUAGGCAGCAUGUAUUUGCUCAGCAGCAGGAGCUCCUGCAGCCUGGCUGUUGUCAAGGGCACGUCCCGCAGGAGGUCCUCCAACGCCUUGAACGAGACAAAGUCGUUGUUUUCGAGGAAUGCGAUGAAAGACAGGAGGGCGAGGACCUUCAGCUUUUGCCCAGCAUUGAGGGUAGCAGGGAGCCGGCGCAUGCACUUCUCCAUCCAGGGCAUGCCCAGUUCCCUGUACCUCUCAAACGUCCGGGCGUAGCACAGUCCUCGCCUCUCCAUCUCCUGGAGGACGUGCCCCUGGACUUCUGCCACCUUUGUGACCAGCUGGGUCUCUCGUCCCUCAUCGUAUAGCUCGAUGAGGGACUUGAAGUCCCAGCUGGCACGGGCAUGGUGGGUUUGCCAAAACCUCAGAUGCGGGAACCAGCGGAGCUUCAUUUCCUCCAGGCCCAGCUGAAGGCAGUGGAGUGGGUCCUUCCCCGACCGGACCACUAUCUCCUUGGCUUGGUCGAAGGUCCCUGGAAACGGAAAGGCCUUUUUCUUGACCACCAUCUCCAGGAACACUUCGACCUUUUGCCCUCCCACCACCCGGUACAGGGAACGGCCGUCCACCGCCUUCAGCUUGGCGAGGGGAAUGUGCUCCGCCGACAUCCGGAAAACAUCCCCCAACAGGACCAUCCAUAGCUCUGCCCCCACGACGGAGUCUGCUGCCCCCAGGGACUCGACCAACUUGAAAAUCCGCUUGAUGCGGAGAUGGUCGUCCCUGGUCCAGUUCUCCAGGGGAGGGCAGCAGACCUCCGCCGUGGCGGCAUUCCAUGGGGCCAGGCCCAGGAAGCCCCUUGCCCGUGUGGAGGACUUGUCAACAGUGCUGUUGGUGCCCAAUGCGAUGGACAGCUGGCGGUCAGUGGGGGACAGGGGGUGCCCAAACACCAGCUCCUCUAGAGCCAGCUCCGCCUGGUAGGCUCUCCAGGAGCACUCAAAGAUGCCCCAAGCGUUUGUUUGCCCAUGUGCGGACCUGAGGACUCCGUUCAGGUACUCCAGCGCCUCCAGGACCACGGCCCUCAGAGUCAUGCCGUCCCCCGUGGCGACCAAUUCCUCCGCGUCCAGAACACUGGGGCAGUCAUCGCUGCUGAAGAGCCGUACCUGCUCUAGACGGCAGGACAGGGGCUUCUUGAACUUGACCUCCAUGUCCUCCAUGUGGUCCAGGCCCUGGCGUUCAUGGCCUUGGAGACCUCAUGGUGGAGGAGGCCGCAAGUCGUGAUUGCCCCACUCACCGGAUGUUUGUAGGGCAGGUUGAUGUGAGUGUGGGGGGAGUCAGUGUACAGCUGGACAAAGUUCAGCUUCCCACGGUCCUCCUCCCCACAAUACAUGCUGGUGGUGGACACUAGGGUGCACGCAGCGUGCACCGAGCAGGAGACAAUGUGGUCCAGGUCCACCACCGCCGCCAAGUCCACCAUCUCCCGGCUCUUCUGACCAAACUUGGUCAGGGACAGCAAGAACCUGACCGUGGGAUCAGUGUCCACAGCCUGGAUCGCCCUAUCCAAAACCCCCAGGCCAAACUGCUGGUCCUGGGGCAGGAGGUUGAAUUUGGCAGGGUUCGCCAGGCUGUUUUUCUGGACAUUGUCCCUGGCCAAGUUCUUCCUGUCCAGGGAACGCAGCGCCGUGCUGAACUGAGACCUCACCUCAUGCAGCAUCUCCACCAUCUUGGAGGGGGCCCCCGCAGAUCUUCCUGAGUGCUUCCCUGGCGGCGGGGCAGCACUCCUCCAGGUCCACGUGCUUUUUGAGCAUGUGGUAGUGGGGCUUCAGCAUGUUCUUGUUGACUGGAGGGAGGUUGAGGUAGGGGAUUUGGGCCCUCACCCCCUUCAGCCUCUGAAGCUCCACCACCACACCGUCCACAUCAAAGUUGGCCUCCAGGAACCCCUCCUCCCAGUCGUACGUGGUGGGGAAGACUGGGACCCUGAGGUCCUGGUCCUCGAGGAAGGCCUCGAUGUCUGGCUUGUCCUCCAAUGCCUCAACAAACAUCAGGGCAUUGGCCUUAAUAUAUAUAUAUGUAUAUGUAUUUAUAUAUACAGUAGGGCUAACCCUAACCCUCCAGCUCCUCCAGCAGAUCCAGGCUGAGGUUUGCAGGAGAGCCUGGCUUUGAGAGGCUGCUGCUGUCUCACACACACACACACACACACACACACACACACACACUCACACACACAGAUCUCCUGCAAAACCGCAACAGGAAGCUCACCUGGGAGGACACGGCCCUGACAGCAUCAUCAUCACCAUCAUCAUCAUCAUCAGUGCUUUCCAGCCUUCAGACAUACACCACAAAACACAGCCGAGAUGAAAGUGUUCACACUUCACACACACACACACACACACACACACACACAAACACACACAUUUAACCCUUUCUGCUCGUGGUGGACGGCGGUGGCGUGCAGCAGCAGCGUGGGAGCAGAGCGACAUCGACCUUUUGGGAGACGAUAGUUUCAUUUUAGUUUUUUUGUUCCAGCGUGAUGAAGACCGCCUGGCGGUCGGGCCGAAAGGGAGAAGUGGCGUCGUCUUGUUGAUUUGGAAAAGGAGGCGGGGUCAGCAGGGAGGGGAUCCGACGUCCACGUGGAGAUUCUGUGACGGACGCUGGAGUUUACAGGAAGUCAGACUGAUCCAGCUCGAGCGUCAGGAUCCCGUCAGACGAGGGUUUAUGGACCUUUAGCAGACAGGAGGUGGAGACACACAGGAGGCGGCGAGCGGCUGCUGAUGUGAGAACUUUUCCAAAAUUUCCCCCCAAACAGCUCGGAGAGGAAGCGCAGCCUGUUGGCCUCAUGGACGCCCAGCUGAUGUUACCAUAGUAACCAGAGAAUAACACUGACUGAUAAAGCAACAUGUGCUUAUUGGAGUAUGGAGAGCCGGCCGGUGUGAUCAUGUGAUUUAUUAUCCAGGCGGGAGUUUGUUUCAGCUCAUCCAGAGGAACAUCUUAUCAUCCAGCUGUCACAUCAUCCAGCUGUUCAUUACAGUUUCAGCGGCAAGAUUUAACGGCUGUUUUGCUCCUUGGUUUGUUUUUUUGUUUUUUGUUUUUUUUUUCCUCGUGUUGCAUUGGACUUGUCGCCUUCAGGACGGCACUCAGAGAAAAGGGACUGGAAGCAAAAGUGUUUGUUUGUACAGACAGGAGGGGAGUGUGUGUGUGUGUGUGUGUGUGUGUCCGGGGCCGAGGGGACGAUCUGCUCUAAAUCUGGCGUCGCGACUAAUUUCAAACUGACUGAAGCCUCAAAAAAAAAAAAAAGAAAAACCUUUAACAUUAGAAAAGCUGGUGGCUGUUUUCUGGCUUUAUUUUGAAAAUCUAACCAGCAGUGUGUACAGGAAGCAGCAGGACGAGCUGUGAAGGGUUAAAGGGACAAAACACAUUUUUUGAUUUUUUUUUUUUUUAUCAUCUCGAACCGAGAGCCCAGACGAGCUGAAGGCGACUCGCCCGCUUCCGAGCGUCCGUCACGUCUCCUGUUUGAUCUGAUCUGAUGCAGAUUUACUUCCUGUCUGUCUGUCUGCCUGUCUGUCUGUCUGCCUGUCUGUCUGUCUGUCUGCCUGUCUGUUGGAGGUUUGGUGGGAAAAACACCCAGCAUGCUUUGUGUUCCCCAGCACGGUGAAGGACCUGGUUCGGUUCGAUGUCAGUUUUAGUUUUACUGAGCCUUGGGAUUCGAACCUGUGACCCGCUGAAGUUUGUCUGCCCGCUGAAAAUCUGAAGAGCUAAAACCCGACAAGAUUUAUCAGGAUUAUCAGGAAAAUCAGAGAAUUGUUUUUUUCUUUUCUCAUUAUUUUGCUGUUUUGAAUUGGAAAGUAGAUCCGGCAGUUAAACUUACAUACAGUAACCUUACGCCAGGAAAACCCUGACCUGAUAAUUUCACAAAUAAUUGUAGGUAUAUGACAAUUUUUAAAAAAAAAAAAGUUACCAUGGAGAGUUUUUGUGGAUUUUGGACAAAAUAAUAAGAGCUUCAAAGAUCAGGAAAAAAAACAAAACGCUUGGAAACCCUGGAGAAGGAGGCGGCGACGUGCAGGUCGCUUUGUUUAGUCCAAAAUGUCAAAUUAAUCAUUCAUAGCUUCAAAACAUGGCGGAGCAGGAACAAAGUAAAGGUGUGCGUCCUCUUGUGCAGCAGCGAGCGCGAUCCCUCUGCCGCCUCAGCCCGGAAAAGUCUGGAAAACACGCCGGAAUAUUUUCAAACUGUUCACAAAGUCUGGACGUGUGUUGUUUCAUCACCAAAGGGGAAAAAAAAUACAAAAAAAAAAAAAAAACCUCCACAUCUCAAUGUUGAAAAUAUUCUGACGGUUUCCUGAUGAUGAGCUGCAGCCUCAUCUCCUGCCCUCU